AUGUCUGGUAUGCAAACUCUUUUAAAUGUGACAACCUUAUCGCGAUCGCCCUUCUACUGGACUGGCAACGAAGACACAGGUCUCCACAACUUCACCAGCCUCGAACUUAUUGAAAUGUUGGAACCCUCCAAAGAUACGCUGGAGGAGCUGUAUCUGGAGAUUGUAUACUACUGGACAGACUUCGAGGAAGAAGGCCGUCUGACCACAAUGUUCCAGUUCACUGCACUCAAGGUGCUCCACACGAUCCCGGAAAUGUGGGGAUGUCUCAUGGACGAAGAGCAUGACUACCAGCACGAUCUGUCUUGGAUGACAUCCUGCCUACAUACAAGCUUCCCGAGACGAAGUGGGAUGGAGCCAAAUACACCAUCAUUGGUGCAGAAAAUACUCACGGGUUUCGAACGAACUUUUCCAAUAGGUCUGCAGAAGAUGUCGAGGCAGAAGAGAACGAUGACCCUGAGCUACGGGAACUGGAGUCCGACAUUGAAAGCUUACUGCUAUAACAAUCUGAAACUCAAAGGGCUCCCUUUAGCUGAGUUCGUGAUCCGGAUCCUGAGGAAGCCGAAGCUUGCAAAGAACAUCAAGCGGCUGGAGGUCAAAGACUGGGAUACACUUUCGAGCCUAGGUCCUGACAACUUUGAGCGAAGGGAAAGUCCGGAGAACUAUGAUCAUUCAGGCAUGAGCGUGAUGGAUGAUAAGGUGACUGGGUUCGACGACCAACGAACUCGGAACCGGGUCUCAGAACCCACCGAAGAGGAGUACAUCUUAUGUGCUAAAGCAGCAAGACCAGCAGGGAUCAUCAAGGAUAAAUCGUCUCACGAAGCCAAGAGCUUUAUCAUAAGAAAGUCUGAUCAAUGUUGUCAACCAAUUUCGCAGUACGACCGCAAGUUCUGUCAGCUACUCCAAGCCGGUAUGGAAGAUGCAUAUGCAGUCUUGCUUUUGGCCCUGUCUCCCAACGAUCAUCUUGGGAGGAUCGAGUACGAUCCGAAUCACACGCUGGGCUGGCCACGUUCUUUCCAUGGGUAUAGAACGGUGUGGUGA